CAGAUCUUCGACAUCACCAUCACCAACACCGGCCAGCGCCCGCUCAACAGCAGCGUGCUCACCUUCGGCCUCCCCGUGGCCGGCUCCACCAUCACCCAGCAUCUCAGCAAGAUCUGGAAGAACUGGUUGGGUCCCGUGGUCCAGCUGCCGCCGGCCGCCGCCGAGCGGGCCACGAUGCUCACCGCGGCGUUGCACCCGGCCGCGGGCGAGGCCGAGGGCUGCGGGGAGGCCACGAUGGUGGGCGAGGCCGAGGGCUGCGGAGUGGCCACGAUGGUGGGCGAAGGCCCUCCGACGCAGUUGACCGAGACGAGGCGGGUCGUGGAAAUCGACCAUUUCUCGCCAAGCUCCUCUUCAAAGGUGCCAGAAUUCACCUUCCUCAAUUGUGGUGUCGUUUUGAUCGUGCUCAUCUACUUCGCUAGCUGA